AUGUUUAUUCCACCGCGAGAUUACCGGCAGAAACACUACCUUUUGUUGGAGAUCUCGGCCGACGACGUCGCAGGGCUGCUCCAGGAACUGCCCGAGCUCAACUACGAGCACCCCUCGCGCGCGGUGGACAAGUACCAUGUUUUUUCUGUGCACAAGGACAAAGAGGCUGGACCACACCUGUUGUCCCUAGAACAGCUGAAAACGCUCCACGGCGAGCCAGAGCGACUGCGCAAAUGCGAGAGCAACCUCAGCAGCGUGCUGACCGACGCAGGAGUGCGAUCCGUGCACAUGCUGCCUCCCAAACGGCUCGCGCACAGGGCCCCAGUGCCGGCUGUGGACUCGUCCAUGGAGCCCAUCGAGAACGCGAAAAAGGACUUCCGCAUCGAUGACCCGACCUUCCCCGAGCAGUGGCACAUCCUGAACCCAAACUUCCCGGGCCACGACGUCAACGUGGUUCCUGUGUGGAAGCGCAACAUCACCGGAUCAGGCGUGGUCACCGCGCUGGUCGACGACGGCCUGGACUACGAGAGUCCCGAUCUCGCGCGCAACUUCUGCAAAGAGGGGUCCUACGACUACAACGACAACAGCCCGCUGCCCAAGCCGCGCCUGUCCGACGACUACCACGGCACACGGUGCGCGGCAGAGAUAGCAGCCGCCAAGGGCAACGGCUACUGCGGCGUUGGCGUGGCGUACGACUCCAAGGUGUCUGGGAUCCGCAUUCUGUCGGCAGAAAUCACGGCAGACGACGAGGCCGUCGCCAUGAUCCACGGCCUCGACGUCAACGACAUAUACUCGUGCUCCUGGGGUCCGCCCGACGACGGACAGUCGAUGGACGUGCCCGAGAAGGUGGUCCGCGAGGCGAUGCUGAAGGGCAUCCAGGACGGCAGAAAGGAGAAAGGCGCGCUGUACGUGUUUGCGAGCGGGAACGGCGGCUACCACAACGAUAAUUGCAACUUCGAUGGAUACACAAACAGCAUAUACUCCAUCACAGUGACCUCGAUAGACCACAAGGGACUGCAUCCGCCGUACGCCGAGUCGUGCACGGCCGUGAUGGUGUCCACGUACUCCUCGGGCUCGGGCGAGCACAUCCAUACCACCGACAUCAACAACCAGUGCACGGCGGCGCACGGGGGCACGUCUGCUGCUGCCCCGUUGGCAGCAGGGAUCUAUGCUCUUAUUUUGCAGGCCAAUCCAGACCUCACGUGGCGCGACGUGCAGGCGCUGACCGUGAGGGAGGCGACGGAAGUCAACUCGAACGACCCGAGCUGGCAGAACUCGUACAUCGAGGGCCGCCGCUACUCGCCGGUGUUUGGCUGGGGCAAGCUCGACGCCGACCGCAUGGUGCAGGCGGCGCAGAACUGGACACUUCUCAAGCCGCAGGCAUGGUACUACUCGCCCGUGCAGCACGCGAACCAAAAACUCGACAACGUGGGCUCCGUGACGACCACGCUCGAGGUCACGAGCGCCGACCUGGUGGCUGCGAACCUGGAACACAUCGAGCACGUGACCGUCACGGUGAACAUCGCGGCGGAGCGGCGCGGCGACGUGGAGGUGGCGCUGGUGUCGCCGAACGGGAUCCGGUCGGACCUGGGGCAGAGCAGAAAGCGCGACCGCAGCAAGGACGGGUUCCGCAACUGGUCGUUUUCGUCUGUCGCGCACUGGGGGGAGCCUGGGCCGGGUAACUGGACGCUGGAGGUGCGCAACACCAACGAGCGCAACCGGCUGACUUUUGAAAACUGGCAGCUCCGGCUUUUCGGCGAGUCUCUCGAUCCCAAAAAGGCCAAGCGGUUCAGUCUGGACGAGGACUACAGCGAGAUCCAGGGCAGCCACAAGGACACAGACACCGUUGCCGCAACCAGCACCCUGUCGAUCGCCCCGACCAUGACCAGCACCAUCGCCUCCACAGACCAGGCCACGCCGUCGGCAGAAACGGGAGACGGCGUGUACCGCGCCUCAGACACGCACUACGAGGAGUACUUUGUGUUCUUCCUUGCGCUGGGCUUUAUCAUUUGCAUCUGGAUGCUCAAGAGCCGCAAAAAGCCCGGCAGGGCCCGCAGACGGGACGAGUACGAGUUCGACAUCAUCCAGCCGGACGACGACUUUGAGUCCGAGUACGCGCAGUCGCAGCGGUCGGCGUCCAUUGGCGAGUCGUCCAACGCGUCGGUCAGCAGAAUGGCCGCCAUGGCGCGCAACUCGCUCGAUGCGUCCAAGUUGCAAGCCAAGUCGGCCAAAAUAGACACGUCCAGGAAUCCUAAAUCCGACUCCGAGUAUCUACGACAGGAAGACCAGGAGAGAGAACGGUUAUACAGCACAUUCAACGGCCUAGAAGAGGACGACGAUACGGAGGGCGAGAGCAUGUACCGUAUCACCUCGCACGACUCUGCAUAA